GGGACGGAUCAGUUCAGAUCAGAUAAGAGAGUUGAAAGAGCGCGAUGCAAUAUCUACAGCUAAUCAUCGGCAGUCUAUUGGUCAGCCUGCCGUUCUGUCGUCCAGGGGCCACCGAGGAUCAGAUGUGGGCAGCCGGCAAGCUAAUGCGUGACGUCUGCCUGCCCAAGUUCCCAAAGAUCACCACGGAAAUAGCCGACGGCAUACAGAAGGGCAUUCUGCCCGACGACAAGGAUGCCAAAUGCUACAUCAACUGUAUCAUGGAAAUGAUGCAAACGAUGAAGAAGGGCAAGUUCAUGGUGGAGUCGACGCUCAAGCAGGUGGAGCUCCUGAUGCCGGAGAGCUACAAGGCCUCCUAUCGCAAGGGCAUCAGCGAGUGCAAGGAUGCAGCCGUUGGCAUCAAGAACAACUGCGAUGCAGCACACGCGCAGCUCACCUGCUUCCGCAGCAAGAUUGAGAUCUUUGUGUUUCCCUAAUCGAACAUGAUGAUGGCGAGCAUUGAGUAUAUUGUCAUAUAUACAUAUAUGUACAUACAUAUAUAGCUACAUACAUUACGCUCCAGUGGCUCACGAAUAAAUGUUCGAUUUACACCGUCAA